GCUUCAGUUUGUUGUUUUCUUCUGUCUUUUCAUAACAUUAAUCAUUUAACAGGAUUAUAAACAAGAUAAUAUUAAAUCUUACAAGUCUUAAUCUUACAACAAAGAGAUCGUAUUCAUCAAUGUGAUUGCCAUAACAUUUGCGUCGAUAUCAAAUAAACGUUACCAUCUAUUUAGUUUACAAAAACGUUUAACAAAAAAGAAAGCCACGAAAUGGGAAUCUUUGGAACAUCGUCACCAUUCGACGCAGACGUUGAACGUGCAACAAGUGAAAACAACACAAGUGAAGAAUGGGGACUUAUAUUGGAGAUUUGCGAUCGAGCUGGUGCAAGUGCCACAAAUUCAAGAGAUUGUCUCCGAGCUGUGAUGCGGCGUCUUGCUCAUCCAGACCCUCAUGUACAAGUCCAUGCAGCUACGUUACUUGAUGCUUGUGUGUCUAAUUGUGGAAAGAUAUUCCACUUAGAGGUUGCAUCACGUGAAUUCGAAAUGGAAUACCGCCGUUUACUCUCUCGUGCCCAACCGGCUGUUGCACAGAAGUUAAGAGCAUUGUUGCGGAAGUGGGCUGAGGGAGAGUUCAGGAACGACUCCCAACUUGAUCUGAUUCCAUCUCUACAUACAAAGUUGUGUGCAGAGUUAGGAGAAAAGACUGUUGCUGUACCAAGUACUGAUACACAGCAAUCUGCCAAAGACGCAGCAGCACAACGAGAGCAAGAAGAGUUAGCUCGAGCGAUCGCCCUUUCACUAAGAGAGGCCAAUCCCACAGCAGGACCCGCUAGCACAUCGACCUCGAAGGCUCUUUAUCCCCGCGUGGAGUCGACGACUGAACCUCCACCGGCGAGAAAAGUCCGCGCUUUGUACGACUUUGAAGCCGCCGAAGAUAAUGAGCUGACAUUUGUAGCAGGAGAAAUAGUACAUGUGACUGACUCCACCGACCCUAACUGGUGGAAAGGCUACAAUGAGCGUGGCGAAGGAUUGUUUCCAGCGAAUUUUGUUACCUCCGAUCUUAGUGAACCAGCCCCAGAAAGUGAAACUCGUCCGCCAGCGACAUCUAGCGGCAAGACCGUGCAAUUCGCACCUGAGACACCUCUACGCAUAGACGAGUCUUGUAUGGACGAUGCCCUCGCCUUGCUCCACGAAGCAGAUCCAACUGGCGAAACUCCAGAUGACGCACGUCAGUCAGAGCUUGAAGCACGCGUAUACGCUAUGGGACCGCUCGUUGAUGCCGCUCUGGAGAAGGCUGAUAGACGCCACGCCCGCCUGACCCAGUUAAGCGCAGACCUAGUUGACGCCUUGAACCUCUACCAUGAGCUGAUGCGCGAACCGAAGCCGAUGUACCAGCAGUACAUGCCGAUGAUGGGCGUGCCCCCUGGACCUCAUCCGUCUCACCCUCACAUGGGCCCGCAGCCACAACCGCCUAGGUGCUGAUCAUUCCCGCAUUUGUAAAUAGCGUCCGAAACGUUAAUAUAUAAAUUAUUUUCUUCACAUUCUAUUUAGUUUAGUCUCGUGUUAAUUCUGAUGAACAUUUCGUGUGUAGACAUAUUUUUGUGUCUGAUCUUACGGAGCUUUUAAAUACAUAUAUUUUUUGACAACAAAGUUUGAAAGGCAAACGGCGUUUCUGACUGUGAAAUUACCUUUGAAAUUAAGACGUCGAAGGCCGUAGACCGGAAACGCAUUCGCGAAACCUCGUGCAUUGAAAGUGUCCAUAGACGGCGGUAUCACUUAACAUCGGGUGAGCCCGUUUGGCUCCUGUAAAAAAAAUAACAAGUAUCAUCUGAUUCGCAAGGGCGAAAUAUAGUUUUAAUUUUUUUUCAGAAUCACAAAUACCUAUUAUGUUAUUUCUAUAAUCUAUAAAAAUGUAUUUAGUUCAACUUCAUAACUUAUAUAGAAUAAUGCUAAAAAAACAUACUUAUUACAUAUUAAUUGAAUAUGUAUAUAUCUUGUUUUAUCGCAAUGUGUGGGAGAGAGACCAACGAAUAUUAAUAGUUUUUUGGUUUGUCAUUUACUUAUACGGUAUGGUAGUAUUAACUCUUUUGUUAGUCAUUUACUACAAUUAACCCCCCCCCCCCUCUUGUCAGAAGUAAGCAAAUCUAUCAAAAAUGGUACAUAAACGUAUUAAUAAAUGCAUUUCGAUUUCAUAGACAAUGGGUGGAUAAUGAGUAAAAAAGUAAAUAAUUACUGUUGACGCAAUCACUACGUAAGAAAAAAUCCCCCCCCCCCCCAUGGUGCUUACGUAAUACUUCAAUGACCCAAUUCUCUUCAUUGGUAUCAAAAAAAGGGGUGCUUUUUCCACAUUUCAGUCGGUUCGAUUCCCAGACGAGACAAGUAAUUUAAUAAUCAUUGAAUGCAGUAAUACUUUCCAAAAUAAAAUACUCUUAUCCUAUCAACUAUAUUAAAAAUACCUUCAUGUCCCAUAAGUCUUGGGACGCCCUGUAUAUUGUCAUUUCACGUAUUAUAUAUUUCGUGGUAAAUAUAAAGCUGUUUUAUGUUUGAUUUAUGCAACUCAUGUUAAAGGAGAAUUAAGUAAAUGAUUUAAUAAUCGUCUCUCGGUCGAGAUUAUAAAUUUAUAUAAGCACUGAAAAUGUAUAUUAUUUUAGGCCUUAAGGGAAAAUUGUAAGUCAUAUUGUAUUAUUUAAUAAAAGUCUUGUUACGGUAAA